UUGUGAACUUGUUCCUCCUCUUCCCGCAGUUUGUUUCAUCAGCCACGAGUUUCUUCCUCCAGCCAACUCCAGAGUUUCUCCGCAGCGCUUCACAGAGAUGGGAGACCCGGUGACCGAGUACACAGCCCGGCUGCAGCAACAGGAGCGGGAGAUCAGGAGUUUGUCCGCAGAGAUCGAGAGUCUGAAAAACCCGCAGAGCCUGAAUCCGUCGCCGCGACUCGACGAGCUUCGGGAGGAAAACGCCAAACUUAAGUAUCGCCUGAACAUCCUGAAGAGGAGUCUGCAGGAGGAGAAAGCUCCCUGCGGUAAAUCCAUGAUGAACAUCAACCAGCGGCUGCAGGAGAUCUUCGGCGAGGCCAUCCGGGCGUCCUGCCCCGACCUGGACGACCCUCCGCUGGCCGUCACGCCCAACCAGCAGGCCAAGUUCGGCGACUACCAGUGCAACAGCGCCAUGGCUUUGGCCCAGAUGCUGAAGGCGAAGGGGAUGAAAGUGAACCCGCGAGAAAUCGCAGAGAAGAUCGUCCAAAACCUCCCCGACAACGAACUCAUCCAGAAAACUGAGAUCGCCGGACCAGGCUUCAUCAACGUCCACCUGAAGAGGACGAUCGUGUCCAAGCUGCUGAGCAACCUGUUGAUCAACGGAGUCCAGCCGCCGCCGCUGGCAACCAGGAAGAAGGUCGUCGUGGACUUCUCGUCUCCGAACAUCGCCAAAGAGAUGCACGUCGGCCACCUGCGCUCCACCAUCAUCGGCGAAAGCGUGUCGCGGCUCUUCGAGUUCCUUGGCUACGACGUUCUCAGGUUGAACCAUGUGGGCGAUUGGGGGACUCAGUUCGGGAUGCUGAUCGCUCACCUGCAGGACAAGUUUCCCGACUACCUGACCGUCUGUCCUCCAAUCAGCGACCUGCAGGCCUUCUACAAGGAGUCGAAGAAGCGAUUCGACGAGGACGAGGACUUCAAGAAGCGAGCGUAUCAGUGCGUCGUCCGGCUGCAGAGCAAAGAGCCCGACUUCAUCAAGGCCUGGAACCUGAUCUGCGACGUUUCCAGGAGAGAGUUUCAGCGGGUUUACGAGUGUCUGGACGUGACGAUCGUGGAGCGAGGCGAGUCGUACUACCAGGACCUGAUGACGGAGGUGGUGAAGGAGAUCGAAGGCAAAGGCCUGCUGGAGCUGGACGAAGGCCGCAAGAUCAUGUUCGUUCCGGGUCAGUCCGUCCCGCUGACCGUCGUCAAGUCGGACGGCGGCUACACCUACGACACGUCGGACUUGGCGGCUGUGCGACAGCGAAUCUUCGACGAGAAGGCCGACAUCAUCAUCUACGUGGUGGAUAGCGGGCAGGGAUCGCACUUCCAGCUGGUGUUCGCGGCGGCGCAGCUGAUCGGCUGGUUGGACCCCAAAGUGACCCGGGUGGAGCACGCCGGCUUCGGGGUGGUGCUGGGGGAGGACAAGAAGAAGUUUAAGACUCGGUCCGGAGACACGGUGAGGCUCAUGGACCUGCUGGAGGAAGGACUGAAGAGGUCCAUGGACAAGCUGAAGGAGAAGGAGCGAGACAAGGUUCUGACUCCGGAGGAGCUUGUGAAAGCCCAGAGGUCCGUCGCUUUCGGCUGCAUCAAAUACGCCGAUCUGUCGCACAACCGCAUCAACGACUACGUCUUCUCGUUCGACAAGAUGCUGGACGACCGAGGAAACACGGCGGCGUACCUCCUCUACGCCUUCACCCGCAUCAGGUCCAUCGCUCGUCUGGCGAACAUCGAUGAGUCGACGCUGAGGAAGGCGGCGGAGACCACCGAGGUGCUGCUGGACCACGAGAAGGAGUGGAAGCUGGGGAAGUGCAUCCUUCGGUUCCCGGAGAUCCUGCAGAAGAUCCUGGACGACCUGCUGCUCCACACGCUGUGCGACUACCUGUACGAGCUCGCCACCACCUUCACCGAGUUCUACGACAGCUGCUACUGCGUGGAGAAGGACCGGCAGACAGGCGAGGUGAUUAAGGUGAACAUGUGGAGGAUGCUGCUCUGUGAAGCUACAGCCACCGUCAUGGCCAAAGGCUUCGACAUCCUGGGAAUCAACCCCGUGGAGAGGAUGUGAUGCCGCCACGUUUCAUCCCGGAGAGAGACAGUAGCGCCUGUCUGACUCACUUCACAGCCAAAACUCAGCGGACUUUAAGAGUUAUUUUCCAUAAAAGUUAUUAAAUCCAACCUAGGAGGGGGGGAAAAAAACACAACUUUGUUCAGUUCAUUUACAUCUCAUGCAAAGGAUCUUUUUAUUAAAGAGUCAUUUUUGAAACCAAAACAUCA